CCACAGGGUGCUGAUGCUAGUGUCCUAAAAGACCCUCAGCUGAUGAAAGGUGAACUCCUGCCAUCCCAGGGAAACGUGGUCCUCUCCUGAGAUGUGAGGUGCCUCAUGGGGGCACGAGAAAGCAAACCUCCCGAUGGGGUCCACUGCCUGCCUUCACUCCUCCUCCAUUGCAUUCAGCUCUCCAGCAUUAAAUUCCCUGCUUCUCCUCAACCUACCCACAUCCCCGAGCAAAGAAGCUGAUCAUGGAAGGGUUAUGUUUCCACCCAAACCAGGCUCUGGAGGGCAGCCCCAGGAAGAAGCCUGAUGCCAAGGCGCUGAAGAACUCCAUGGUCCCAGACCCUGCCCUGGGAGGCGGGGAUGAUGCUCAGAGGCAGCUCUUGGCAGCUCUAGACUCCCUGCAGCAGCUGGGCGCUCCAGAUCAGGCAGCAGCUAUGGACCAGAAAGAAAUCUCUCCCCGUCUCUCCCCCUCACCAGAGAAGGACCCCAGCAGGAAAUCCGCCAUUGCCAUCCAGUCAUGGUGGCGAGGGGUGCUCACCCGGCGAACGGUGCGCCAAGCAACGCUCUGCGUGCUGGUGAUCCAGAGGUGGUGGCGCCGGGUCUCAUUCUGGCAGCGGGAGGAGAGGCGGGUCAGGGCACUGGCAAUGUAUGUGAGGCCUGUGAGAGCUACCGUCCUCCUGCAGUCGCUGGUCAGGAUGUGGUGUGUGAGGAGCCAGUACAAGAAAUACCAGAGGGCAGUCCUGGUUAUCCAGAACAAGUGGCGGCACUACACCUGCCGGAGAGAGGCUCUGGUGUUCGCAGGGAGCAGCCUGGCUGACGGGGCGGUGGACCUGAACAUUGAGAUUGUUGUUGGUUAAGCUGACUCUGUUAAAGCUGUGGGAAAGGCUCUGUGCGGAGACAAGCACAGAGAAUGAAAUAAACAUGUUCCCUGGAAGUGAAA